UCUCAUGUCUCUUACAUUGCUGUGUGACUCACCAUGAGUUUGGGAGUCUUUCAGAACCUCAGAACACUCAAAUGAUUUAAAUUUCUCAAAUAUGUUCAUUUCACAUAUAGGAAGUCACUUUCAUUUGGACCACUGGGUCUUGACAUUAGAAAUGAGAAGGUCCAUGGCUCCACAACAGCUACCUCAGCCUGGCACGUGCCCUGGCCUCAGAGAUUCACAGUCCAGUUCUUUGUCCAGUUGGGUGGCUCCUGUCUACCACCUUACCAUGCCCACUUAACUGAUGCAAAGUUAAUAUCACAAGUAGCCACCUGUUCCUUGCAGUGAAAAUUGUACUUACCACUUUCAUAGCCCCAAGAUAUCCAUGUAUCUUUAUUAACAGGCGCUUAACAGCUUGCAUCAUUCAAAAUGCCUCCCCUGCCUAUCAGCUGAUGAUGGCCGCAGGAAGGUGGGCCUGGAAGAUAACAGCUAGCAGGCUAAGGCCAGACACUGACACUUGCAGUUGUCUUUGGUAGUUUUUCUGCACUAACUUCAGGAGACAGCUCGUGAUCUCAGGAUGUAUGGAAAAAUAAUCUUUGUAUUACUGUUGUCAGAAAUUGUGAGCAUAUCAGCAUUAAGUACCACUGAGGUGGCAAUGCACACUUCAACCUCUUCUUCGGUCACAAAGAGUUACAUCUCAUCACAGACAAAUGAUAAGCACAAAGGGGACACAUAUUCAGCCACUCUUGGAGCUCAUGAAGUUUCAGAAAUUUCUGUUAUAAAUGUUUACCCUCCAGAACAGGAUAACGGAGAAUGGGUACAACCUGUCCAUCCUUUCUCUAGACCAGUGAUAAUACUCAUUAUUUUGUGUGUGAUGGCUGGCGUUAUUGGAACAAUCCUCUUAAUUUCUUAUGGUAUUCGCCUACUGAUGAAGGUACCCUUUAGAAGCCUCCAAUUGGCUACAGCCUAUGAAGGAUUGGCCUGUGACCAAUCAGAGGCUGAAGUGGAGGCUUAA